AUGAAUAUCACUUCGUCGUCAAACAGUGAAAUUGGUAUUGGUUUCUUGGUAGGAGGCUCUCUUCUAGUCGCUUUUCUGGGAACUGCUGGAAUUACACUGGCGUGUCUUUAUUAUCGCAGAGAAAAAGGUUUGGGUGGUUCCCUGUCUGAUAAAGAAAAGAAUAAUCGUAUCAUCCAUCAUUCUUUUAGUAAUUCUGUAUUGAUGUCGCCUGCGUCUGAAUCUUAUGGAGAUUCUUGGGACAAUUAUAUAGCUUAUAUUACUAUGAUACCAGAGAGGCCCUUUGGUCUCCAUUGUGAACUUGAUGAAAAACGAGUAUCAAAACAGACCCACGAAUCAGAGUCGCUUGCGUCUGUCAAUAUCAGUAAUACCAAUAUCAAUAAUAACACUAAUGUUGAUGAUGAUAAAAUUUUUUGUGAAGAAACUGUAGAUAAAAAUCACGCCGAAAAAUAA